ACAGACUCGUUCCGCUAUAUAGUUUCUGCAAAGACCGUGAGAAUGAACGGUCAGUUUGCAGGUUCUUGCCUGCGCCGUGUUUAGACGACCGUAUGUACGUUGAACCGCCCGCUUUCUAUCCUUGUCAUUCGUUACGCGCCGAAGAAGGAUAGAAGAAAAAUUUCCACAAGAAAUACCGCCCUUCGGGGAAAGUACGCAGGCUGCCGCACGGUUCGGCCAAUCAUCGGUCGCGUCGUCAUCGGCGGCUCCCCCUCUGCGCAUGCGCGCGCAGCGUCGUCACGACCCGACAGCCGCGAAUCGCGGCGCAUCUCGCUCGUUUCCCGCUCAUUCGUGCCACAGCGUAGCUAGGGUUCGGAUGUGCUUGCGUAGCUCGUAAAGUGAAGGGCAAAGAGAGACGUUAGGAGUAGGGUUGUGCGAGUAGAUAGGAUAGAUUUUCUAGAUGUUUCGCGGUUUUCGCUUCGUGGAUCCCUUGUGUUCCGUGGACUCGAGCGAGAUGCCGAAAAGAUCAGGCAACAAUAGAUGGGGCGGCCGACGUAACCGAGGAAACGAGAACAACGGGUAUUUUGAUACCAUUUGGUAAUAAGUAUGAGAAGGAAAAUAUUAUUCCAGUUUCUAUAUUGACGAUCAUAAGACGGCGAACGUAUUGUUGCGUUGCGAUCGCAAGGUGAAUGAUGGAUUCAAGUUACAAGUGAAGGCGAAGCCCGGAUUUCCAGUUUGUGUCACCCUGUUAUGUCUUGAUGGCUGUGUUGGAUAUUGUUGGGGAACACAUUCCGAAUCUAGAAGCAUUGAACUUAGAGGGCAACAAGUUAUAGAAUCUCGAGAGACUUGAGAUGUUGAAUAAGAAGUUCUCGAAAUUAAAGAUUCUUUAUAUUGGUGAUAAUACGAUCAAAGAUAUUCACCAACUGAAUGGUAUUAAGAAUCUCAAAUUGGAAGAAUUGAACUUGUCGGGAAACCCUGUGUGCAACAGGUAUAAAUCCCGGCAAAGUGAUUACACAACUGACGUUCGAAAGAGAUUCCCCAGGUUGCUACGAUUGGAUGGCAUAGAAUUACCGCGUCCAAUUAUUUUUUAUGUUAUCAACAUAACUGCCAGGAUACCUCCAUCGCAAAGAAUGUCGGAUCCUAAAAUUCAAGAGAUAGCGAGCUAGUUUUUGCAACAAUACUUCACGAUAUUUGAUAGCGAUAAUCAACCUUUACUCGAUGCAUACGCCGAAAAUGCAUGCUUAAGCCUGACGAUAACCAAUUUCCAUAACAAUAAUCACAAGUUAAAUGGGUAUUUCACGGAGAAUAGAAACUUAUUUAGAACAAAUGAUUCAAAUAGAAGACAGAAGUUAUUAAAACAGGGUAGAUUGCCUGUAGUUUCGUUUAUAUCGGAAAUGCCAAAGACCAGGCAUUUAUUGAAUACCUUUACCAUGGACAUCACUCUUGCAACAAAAGCAAUGAUGUUCAUUACUAUAACGGGUUACUUUCAAGAACUUGAUAAAGACGAGCCCAUUCGUCACUUUAACCGCACCUUCCUAAUUGUUCCGGAAGGUGACGGUUAUUGUAUUCGAAACGAACAGAUGCACAUUAGUCAGCCGCCUGAUGCGCAAUUGAAGCAACUGCAUCAGCAACUGAAUCAGCUCAGAAGUCAACCGCAACCGCAGACGGUGCCGUUGGAAACUUCAGAAGUAGCGAAACCGGUGACGUUAAAUCAGCAUACAAAUAUGAAUCUGGAAUGGAGCUUAAAGUGCUUACAAGAGACUCAGUGGAAUUAUGAUAAUGCACUCUCUGCUUUUCACGAGUUCUUUAAACGUGGGCAGAUACCGUCAGAAGCGUUUACGAAGUAAACGCCAUAUAUUGAGUAAGAAAACUUGCCAUUGUGAUAAUAGCGUAAGAAAAAUCAGAGUGCAGGAGCUUCUUGUAUAACUGCGAUCUCCAUUCCAUUCCGUCGUAUACUUUUUUUUAUAAGUAUACUUAUUUUGUAUCUUGUAUCAAAACUUGAGCAGAAAGCAUUUGGUUAUUUGUUACUUUCGAUUAAUGUCUUUCUGGCAACAAAAGAUAAUUAUUAAUUUUUUUUUGAGGAAAGGGUAAAUACUAGAAAAAGCAAUAGAUUAGGUAUAUUAAUAGAGUUCCUUUAAAAACUGUUUCAAACAUGUGGCCAAUUUUUUUUAAAGGUGCAAUUUGAAAAUUUGGAAAUUUGGCCUUCUCUAUGAGGAAGCCAAAAACACGUAUGCGAAGAGGAGUAGAAAUUUGGAUAUGGCUUUCUCAUAGAGAAGGCGUUGUGUGCAAAUAAAAAUUCUGGAUUAGACAACUUCCAUAAUGCACCUAAACUCACAAAUCCUCUUCUAUGACGGUGCCCAAAUUUUUAAUAAUCACUUGCCCUCAUGAUGACGAAGUAAUGUACAAAUUU